AAUGUUUAAAGCUCUUCUUGCUCUUCUACUCUCCCUUUUACAGGAUACUUGAAAGUACUUGAAAUAUGAAUAACGAAACAGUGCAGUUCAUCAACAAUCUCUCAGCGGCGGUCGCAAGUCAGCCACCGCAAGCUCACUCUCAUGAUGGUGUUUCGCAUUCUCACGACCACGGACUGGGAGACCAUGGACAUACACAUGAGCACCUGGAAACUCCUGGCAAAUAUGCCGAGCGAGACCUGCCUGACUACAGUUCUCGUAAUUUCGAGGAGAGAGGCUUCACGGUUGGAAUUGGGGGACCUGUUGGCUCCGGAAAGACUGCUUUGACCUUGGCCCUUUGCCAGAGACUCCGGAAGGAGUACAACAUUGCAACCGUAACAAAUGACAUAUUCACCCGCGAAGACCAAGAAUUUCUGAUCCGCAACAAAGCCCUACCUUCCUCCCGCAUCCUUGCCAUCGAAACCGGAGGAUGUCCCCACGCUGCUAUUCGAGAAGAUAUCAGUGCGAAUAUGGGUGCUCUCGAGACCCUUCAGGCAAAAUACGGCUGUCAGUUAUUGUUCGUGGAGAGUGGAGGUGAUAACCUUGCUGCGAACUAUUCAAGGGAGUUAGCCGAUUAUAUCAUCUAUGUGAUUGACGUUUCGGGAGGAGACAAGAUUCCGAGAAAAGGCGGUCCCGGAAUCUCACAGUCGGAUCUACUAGUGAUAAACAAGAUCGAUCUCGCGCCGUACGUCGGGGCAUCACUGGAAGUUAUGGAACGCGAUUCGAGGAUGAUGAGAGGAGAUGGCCCGACGAUAUUCACCAGCGUGAAACAGGGAUUGGGUGUAGAUGAUGUCGUAGAACUUAUUCUUGCAAGUUGGAGAGCGGCAGACAGUCCAGGUCAACCAGGUCCGGUCGGAGACGACGCAUGAAGCCUAAACGAUAUUACCCCGGAUUGACGGAGAUUCUACUGAGACACGUUAAUAUAAUGUACACUUAGUACAAAGCCAAAAGCACUCUUUGGAACC